AUGUCAUCAUUGAACAAUUUUCAACCGUCAAAUAUUAGAAGAACACCUUAUGUUUCGACUCUGAACAACUCGCUGUUGUCUAAUCCCCAAGUUGCAUCAAAUACAGCCAUGAUGGAUGUUUUUACUACUCCAAUCCAGUCGACUCAUUUGUCAAAAAUAGGAAGCAUACAGUCACCCCUAAACGAUACACCUCCCAAGAGCGAUCAUUUAGCAAAUUCGAACCCGAACUCUUCUAAUUUGAAGUUGGAGCCCGGAUUUGUAAGUUCCGCUUCGAAUUCUCGACUUUCAGGUCCAAAUCCUUCUGCAUUUUCAAGCUCUCAUUUAAGUUUGAGUAAUUAUACCCCGGCAAAUCCAGUGCUUAACGCACCGACUGUUAAUAGAGCUUCUUCAUUGUCCACUCAAAGUGGUGGCGCUAUUAAACAUUAUCACAGCAACAAUAUUCAAAAUAGUAAUUUCAAUUCUGCAAACAGUCUUGUCAACCACAACAAUAACAACAGUAGCAAUAACAGUAGCAACAAUCUUACUAAUAUUAACAAUAAUAACAACAAUUCCAAUGGUAACAAUCUCUCAGCUACAGGUUAUCAUUCCCGAUAUCCAAGUGAUGUAACUGAUCAUCAUGAGCCAUACGACCACUCAAAUUUCAUACUGAAUACUCCAGAAAGAGCUCUGCUUUCGUUGCCAAAUCCUAUUCAGCUACCACACAGUUAUAUACACCCGACAAAGCCGCUAAAUCAGUACUCGCCGUAUGAGUCUGCUCCUUCUUCCUUAACUUCACAUGCCCACUCAAUGUCCUUGGAUACAGUCACGUCGACUUAUUCGAAUAAAUCCUUGGCCAAUGAAGACUGGUUUGGCGGUCCUCACCACAAGCAUACAUACUCAAAUACUUCAUCAAUAAAUACACCACCAAGCGAGGAUUCUAGCUUGAUGGAUCUUGCAAGAGAAUAUGCUGAUAGUUCUAUUGAAGAGCUAGCCGCUCAAGUCAAAAAAUUAGAAAAAGAGCUUUCAGACACUUCUUUUAAUGUUAGAAAUGCAAAAGAAAAUAGAAAUCUGCACGUUCAAAGAAAAAAACAGCAGCAACUGUUUGCCUUAGCUUCUCUGAUGAAAACAGUCAGAGUUUCAGAAAAUUCUGUUUGUCCCCGUAACGUUGUCUAUUCCAGAUACGUUGACAUAUGUAAGAAACAUGGUGUCAAUCAAAUAUGUAAUGCUGCUUUUGGUAAACUCGUCAAGGUUUUUUAUCCGGGCAUUAAAACAAGAAGAUUAGGUGUUAGAGGAUCAAGUAGAUAUAACUAUUGUGGAAUCGAAUUGAUCGUCAAUGACACAAGUAGAGAAAAUGAGACUUUUGGCAGCACAUCUCAUUGGAACUCUGGGACUAAGAAGGAAAUUGAGGAAGAAAUAGUUAUUGGCAACAGCAACACACAUUCUAUCACGCCUCAUAGUGAGGUUAGAACAGGCACUGAUGAACACAUUAUCACUGAUGAAGAAGGUGGCAAGGAGGGGCCAAGAAUAAGUGGUGCCAGCUACUCUAACAAACCACCGUUUUUGCCAGGAAAACCUCUUGAGCUGGCUUUUGAGCAGGAUUUGUUCACUAAAUUAGAUAGUGGUGUCGAAUUUGUUCCUGAUUUCUACAGAAACAUCGACUCUGACAUAAAAGAAUCACAUAAGAUAAUAUUAGAGAACUAUUGUGAAUUUUUGCUACAGCUAUUCAAAGACUGGAGAUACUUGAAGAUUGAAUCACUCUUCAAUGAGAUUGAUAACUUCAGUUUUGAAACCAGAUUGUCUCACGAAUAUUAUGCCGUCUACGAAAUGGAAUAUGAGGAGUUAGCGCCAUUGAUCAAGCAAUGCUACUUAGAGUGUUGCAAGUCUGCGAUCAAGCUUAUAUCUAAAAUUGUUUUCCAACAGGUUCCAGAGAACGUACAAACUGCAUUGUGCAAUUUUGAAAAUUGUUAUGUAGAUCAUAUUAGGAAAAUGAAUUUCAAAAAAUGUAUCAUUGAAGACAACGUUGAAAUUGCAACCAGCUUCAUACAUAUUAUAUCCAUUUUGAGAAAAGUAGUAUAUUUAUCCUCUAGUGCUUCCAAACUUCUUUCGGCAAAUGAGAACAAAACAUCAUUUUGCAAGGAGUGGGACGAAAUCAAUGUUCCUCAAAUAAUUGAAAAUCAUCCUUUGAUCCCAAAGAACGAAAAGUCCCAUAUCAUUGAAAAGGUUUGUGCAUAUUUGAGUAAAAUCUUCAGAUCUUUGGGUGAAAGGGAGGAUGGAUCGGUAGAGACAAAUAUUUCAAACUGCCGGGAUAAUAUAAUACGCAAGCUGUCCAUCUCAUUUGCUUCAAUUCCUCCUGAAUUUUUCAACGUUGAACCAAGAAAACUCUUACUUUACGUUGAUGCCAUUGGGUCGACCAUUUUGCGUGAGCUCACAGUAGAGAACUAUACAUCAAGUUUCUCCGUCUGGUGGUCAGUAGUAUGCUGGUGUAACGAGUAUAUGGUUCUGAUGGCUGAAAUUGGCGGUUUCCUUAAAUGA